GAUGCGUAUAAGAGAACCACUGUGCAGCCUCAGUCAAAGGCCAUGUAAUUCUCGCACGUGCCAUUGGGCCGGGACCUUACGGCCGACACAAUGAUUGUUUUCGAUUUCUUGUCCGUGUUAGUGAUCUUGUCUCUUGUUGACAAAGCAGUCAGCGAUGAGCAGCCAUGUGGCAACAUUGCAAGACGUCACGCACCGCCGGGGUUCUGGCCCGGUUGCCGCUUCUAUUGUCCCGGCAUUAAUGGUUGGGAAAUAGGAUUUUUCCUCGACGGUGAAGAAUGCGUGUAUAACAAAAAUGCAGACAUCAAUGGGACAUGUUGGCAGGGCCACUGCUACCCCGAACUGCCAGAGGGAGUUACUUUGCCCAGUACCACCGCUGUAACACGUAAAGUGAGGACAACACAGUUAACACCUGAAAGUACUACUACUAACAACGUGAUAAAUGAAGGUAACAGUACAAAUGAAAUAGACGGUAAGAAGAAAAAAAAGAAGAAGAAGAAGAAACAGAGAAAAAAGGUGAAAAAGAAAGACGAGCAAGAAAAAAAAGAAAAGAAGCCGAAGGAAAAGAAGAAGAAGAAAUCAAAGCGAAAAGAAGUACAGAGCAUUGAGUGGUAAACGGUAGAGCCUCGGCAGAAUGAAAUUGAAUAAAUUAUGUUUCAGAAAAAGGGCUAUG